AGGGCGUGCUGUACGUAGCCAUCUUGUGCAGCGCAAAUGAAGAGCAGCCGUUAGCCUGAGAAAUCUACUAACAGGAAAACAGUGACACACGCACUGUACCAGCAACAGACUCUCUUAAAUUGAGAAACAGAGAGUGAACAUGUAUUAUUAUGCCUCAAGAUGUCUGGCCGACUUGUUUCAGGGAGGAUUUGUAAUUUUGGAGGCGGGAGAGUGUUGAAAACUGAAGGCGCCUCAGACUCGAGUGACUCUCGCGACUGAAGAGUUUAAUUCGCGAGGACGGCCUGAGGGAAACUCUCACACCGCCAAAUGGCCUUCAUUUAGGCCACGGGGAGGAAGACAAGGGCUCGGAAAUAUUAAACGCAGCUGGAUUAAAGCUGUAACUGUAUCUGGAGUUUCAGUUUUAAGAAUUUAAAAGACAAAAAAUGCCGCGAUGAAGACUCGCGCGCGCUGACGGAGCUCGGAGGGAGUCUUGAGUUAGCGUGUCGCCAACGGGAAAAAUAUAUGAUAUAUUGUCAUAUGAACAGUGUUACUGCGCUUAUAUUGAAGCUGUACGCUUCAAUCUGACGUGUCAAAGUCAGUAACAUACUUUCAGGGGUCAGAAUGUCUAAAAUGCCGUCGAAAAAGAAGAGCUGCUUUCAGAUCACCAGCGUAACGCAGGCUCAGGUGGGGGCCAACAGCAUCACGGACGAUACCGAGAGUUUGGACGACCCGGACGAAUCCAGAACCGAGGACAUGUCCUCAUCUGAGAUAUAUGACAUGUCCAGAGGCGGCGAUUUUGAGCAGGAGAUAUGUGACGUCAGUUUAUCGGACGAACCGCUUAAUAACGACUUGGAAACAUCUGGCGCGAGCGUGUCAAUACCUGGCUCCGUUAAUUCAGGUGGUGUUCACAUGAACCCAAAUGCUCGUGGAGUCAAUGGGGCUUCAAGCCAAAUGACCACCCCCUCUGAACCAUCCCAGCCUUCAUCUUCAGUUGCUGGUGGUGUUGCAACUAAUGCACCAUCCAGUAUGCCCCAGACAUCCACAUCAGUAAGCAGUUCUGCUACAGUAAGUAGUUGCAGUUCCCGUUUCAGAGUCAUCAAACUUGAUCAUAGUACAGGUGAGCCCUUCAAAAGAGGUAGGUGGACAUGCACUGAGUUCUAUGAACGAGAUACGGAUGUUUCCUCAUCAGGUCGGAUGGUGGAUAAUGUUAAACAGACUGGCACUUUGGACCAUACUGUGGACAGGGAUGCUCUAGCAGUUCCUGUUGCAGCAGAACCACAUAAUGAUAGUGGGUAUGUGUCUGUACCAUCUAAUCCUGUGGAGCGUCAACAGCAAAGUUUUGGCAUUUCACAGCUGGGAUUAGGGAAUAUUUUUCCCUCAGGGACCGGUGAUGCCCAUGUUCAACAAGUCAAAUGUCCUAGCAUGCCUUCUACAACUCAGCCACAGUCAUUCUACCCAGGUAAACCGGCACAAAACCCUGGUCAUAUCCUUCCUGCUGGUAUUCCAUCAGACUAUAGGUCACAGCAUCAGCCUCCCUUGCAAACUCCUGUCUCCUCAGCCCAGACACUAUCAGUAACCUCUCUUCCACUUGGUGCCCCAUUGAACCAGGGCCCAUCCCCUGUCAUGACCCCUGCUGCAGGAGGCACUCAAGUGCUCGGAUUAGUUCCACCUCAGGCUGUGGAUACUGUAGGGCACGGCAGAGGGCCACGUCCCAUCAGUCAAACAGAGCAAGUUCAUGGGCUUAUACAGCAGUCAGGCAUUGGUACAGCUCUAGGGACUGUCGUUCCGCAGACACCAGUGCCACUCAUUCAGCCAGCAGUAACCAUGUCUGUCACCCCCCAAGCUGUAGUCCCUGGUGUACAAAGUGUGCCUGUUGUCAUGUCCAGUGCCUCUAAUCUCCCUCAGAGCAUGCCAAACCAGACUCCGGUACCUGUUGUACAGCCCCAACAGAACCAGCCUCAAGGAGUCUGUAGUGGAUCCAGUGUAGGACUGAGUGUGCAGACUACCCCUUCCAACUUUAGCCAGUUUCCCACCAGCAGCACUCAGGCCGAUGAGAACCAGAGGAAGUAUGAUGGGCUACCUCAGAGCUUUGUCAUCAUGGGAAAAGAUGCCAUCAAGCCUCUGAAUCCCGAGAGCUUGCAGCUUUCCACACCUGCUGUCAACAGCCUGUUUGGAAUAACUAUUCCCAUAGAUGGGUAUGAGGACAGUUACUCACCUCAAUCAGGGUGCCGGAGGACAAAUCUCAGUUGCCUCCGCAUCUGAGACAGUCAGCCCGCUCAUCAUAUGACCUGCUGAGCAUGUUACCAUGGAGACACAUGCGUGUGGAGGCUCACGCCCCACAGAGAGCGAGAACCACCAUAAGACGAUCCCUAAGGAAGGUAACCCUCUGACUCUGCCAAACCUAGCAACUGGGCCAAUCGGUUGAUAGGAAGCCUGGCAGGUGUCACUCAGCACACCCUUCGAAAUCGCUGGAUUCGAACUCACGACUGCAGGGGUGGUAGUCAGCGUCUUUGCUCACUGACCUACCCAGACCCCCAUUACUUUCUACUAGUUGAUAUUGCUUGUCUCGUCUUAUUUUAUUUGACCUUAAUGUAAUCCAAAAGUAACAAAUUAAUUAUAUUACGUUAUUUUCAGUUAUUUUUUUAUUAGAUUACUGUGACGAUGAGGAGGGCGUGGCCGUAAAUGAGCACGGCCAGUGCUGAUCUGCGGGAGAGCGAGAUAAGGUGCAGCCAGAGGUGCCGAUUCGAGAGAGAGAGAGAGAUAGAGAGAUAGAGAGAGACGUACGCGGCCGCGUUGCACAUAUGUCUGUUUAUGUUUAAGUUCAUUGUUUAAGUUAAUUUAUACAUUAAAAGUUUAUGUUGAUUGUUCAGCCAGUUCCCGCCUCCUCCUUUACCUGCUACAGUGGUGCAGAAACCCGGGAGGGGGGAGGGAUGCGAUGUUGCGGAGUCCUUGCUGCUGCCAUCCGCCAGGGUAGCAGCCACAGCCGUCUGCCUGGGGACAGAGGGGUCGCUGCCAGCCACCGAGAGCCGGAGAAACCGCGGCCGUCUGCUGAGAAGGGGAAAAGCGGUUCCGUCCGCCAGGGGCCGGAGGACUCGCUGCUGUCCACCGGGGGAGGAGUGAGCUGGCGUCCGCCAGAGGGCGGAAGAGCGGUUGAGGGCCGGGCGACAGCACGUUUAGGAGCUGGCGAGCAAGCUCUUCUCUCUCUCUCUCUCCUCUCUCUCUCUCUCUCUCUCUGUGUGUGUCUCCACUCGCCCUUUCCCUCACCCCUCAUCUCUCCCCCAGGUUCGCAGGAGGCGGGGUGGACCACCGGCUGGAGUGGGAGGGGGAGUUAGUCAGACCGGUGGUGCCUCGGCCUGAAUCUGGCGGGGGAAGAGUGUGACGAGAAGGAGGGCGUGGCCGGGCCGUGAUGCACUGGUUCAAGAGAGAGAGAGAGACGCAUGCGACCGCGUUGCAUGUGUGUCUGUUUAUUUUUGUUUAAGUUCAUUUAUGCAUUAAAAGUUUGUUGCUUGUUCAGCCGUUUCCUGACUCCUCCUUGCCUAUCCUUUACCUGCUACAGUUAUUUAUUACAUACAGUAUUUUUUUAAAAUUAGAAAUUAAUUAGUACUUUUUGGAUUACAGUUUUGAAGUAACCCUCCCUUCUCCCCCAGCAUUGUAAAUCCAAUUUUUUAGUGAUAUUUAUUAGCAAAUGUAUGCUGCUUAAAAAUGGUAGUUUAAGUUUGAAACAGGGAAUUCUCACAUCUUCUCUGAUUUCUUAAUGCAGCUUACUUUCUUCUGGACCUGAGUCAAAGCUGUGGUACUUUUUAGAUGUUGGGUUGAUAAUAAUGAAAAAAAACUUACAUAAGAGCCCUUCCCAGGGACAGAAUUCAUGCAACAGUAUAGAGGACUUUAAAAUGUUUAAGUCCUGCAUGCAUUUAAUGUUUAAUGAUAAAGAGAAAGGUGCCUUAAUACCCUAAAUAUGUGCAUGGUACCUUUUGUAAUAAUUGAUUAACCACAAGAGUUCAGAAAUUGUUAUUGUGUUAUUUGUCGGUAGUUGGGACUCGGGAAUAAAGAACGUUUAUUGCCAUGGAUCCGUCAAACGCUAUCUCAGAUAUCAGGGAAUAAAGAGCACAGUGAGCUAUGAGCCUAAAUAGCACAAUACAUAGAUCUUCAAAUGAUAAAAUCACAUUUCGAACACAAUCACAAGUCGAACAAAAAUUAUCUCAACAUAAACCUGCAAUAUAGUAGGCCUCUUCUUAAUAAAUGGAAAAUGCGUAAUUCUGCCCGGGCAGGUUCACUUUCCAUGAGGCAGAGAACGCUAUGAAUUAUUGGACUUCUUUGGGAUGAUUUGAUUUUUAAAUGAUUCAGCAUUUAACUUGUGUAAUUAUUGUCUACACACCAGAGCAAAAGGGGUCAAAAUCAUUGGCUCAUCGUUUAUUAAGCGCUGAAACUUUGUCAGGUGAAAAACAAUCUGAAUCAUGUGUAACAGUCACAUUAAGUUCUCUUUCCAACCUGAACUUCAUCAGAAUGUCGAUUUGUGACACCAGCACUGAAAAAGCUUGAUGCAUUGCAACAAAUGGUGAAAUAGAACACAGGUGUCUCGAGAUGCAUUAAUAAAUAUUGAAAUUAUUUUUAAAUUAACAGUGUCUAAAAAAAUGCAAUGGUCCUGCACAACGAAUUGUAAAACAGAGCACAGGUGUCUUGAGAUGCGUUUAUAAAUAUUAAAGUUCUCUUAAACUUUACAGUGAGUUGUGGCACAGUGAUCAAAGACGUUCGUCUAGUGUGUGUUUACAUGGCCUCUGCACGUGUGAACAGCCCCUAACUCGCCCUAUAGCCUACUUGAAAAACUGACCCGAACCUGGUCCAAAACCUGUAGGUUUGUCGGGUACCGUUGGACUCAGAUCAGGUUGAAGACCUCUAAACACGUACAGAAUAACCGAAUAGUGAUUUUGGUAUUUGAAUACCAUGCACAUCCCUAUUAAUAACGCAUGAUUUUGGAUCGGUUCUUAAUUAAAAAAGUACAUUUAACAGGCCGUGCAAGUUAUUUCUCCAAACUUUUCUUACGUCAAUUUGAAAAAUCCAACCAAAUCUGGCAAGCAUCCUGUAGCGCAUAAAAGUGAACGUAGUCACAUGAUACGUCAUGGGGGGCCUCCAUGGUGUACCGGCCCAUGGGCCUCUCAGUUCUUAAUCCGUCCUUGGCCCCUCCUCUUGGUGGCAAUUAUGUUUCAUUUUCAACUUUUUCCAUUUGACUGCUUGGCAGUGUUGACAGCUGGCAAUAAGGUUAUGGGCUGUUGCACCAUGUGAUAGUCAAAAGAAUUAAUCAAUUAUAGAUUAAAGAUUAAAUCAGAUUAAAUCAAUUAUAGGAUUACAGUUGUGAGACAGUCAUUAGAUGAAUAUCAACAGUGAGCACAGUUACAUGCAUGAUCUAAUUCCGAUUAUGCCUAAAUCUUUUAUGGGGUUUAGGCCAUAAACAAUUUAAGCUAAAAACCAAUCGCCACAUGUAGAUUUUUGCCCAUUACCACAGUUUUGCUCUGCAUGUAAACACCUUUACCUGCCUUCAGACCAGCUUAUCAAAUGUGUGCGAGUGUUGUGCAGAUGACUGCUUACGUUUUGACAUCAAAAGCAGAGAAUAAUCUUUCAUUUAAAAUCUUGUGUAAAUGUGGUUCUUGUCAGAUUUUCUGAAUAAACUGAUUUUUGGUAGUUAUCAGUGAUUGGUGUACGUGAAAGCGCACUCAUUAUCAGUGCUGUUAAUGAUUGGGGGCAACUCUUUUUUUUCUUUUCUAUGCCCCUAUACAUUGUCUUGGAAGUGUAAAAAUAUGCUGCAACAUUUUUGUUUGUGGUGCCUUAUUACCAACUAGACAUAGAAAUGAUUUUUUGCACAAAGCAAAAGUCUCUGUGGUCUUUGAAUGUUUGUCUUGGUGUUUGGCAGCUUAUUCCACUAACAUUUGAAAGAUUUAACACAGCUUUAGUUUAUCAUUCCUAAACUAACACGAUUUUGCUAUUUAAAAUGCCAGAAUUAUUAUUGGUUUUAUGACAUUACUAUUAAAAUGAAAUGCACACUGUAAUUCCAUCCUCAUUUUCUGGAAAACCAUUGUUUGCAGGUUUAGAUAAGCUUUUAAACCAAGCUAGAAUUGCACCCUGCCAAACAGCAGGAGGCGUCUGUUGGGGAAUGCACAUGGAUGGAGGCAACACACUGGGUGAUCCAUAUGAAUCGCAGCAGCCCACAUGACUCCAGUCCAGCGGUAGGAGGUCAUUGAUUCUAGGCCAUCUGUUGUGUGGCCAGCUGUGUGUCGACCAAGAACAUUAUGCAACAGCUCGGCGAAUGAAUUUGCAGCGUCUCUCAAGAGUCUGGACUUGUUUACAGAAAAUAGGUGUUGGGGAGGAAUCGCUCAUGACUCUGAUUGGGAGCUUAAGCAAUAAGAUUAACUUGUUUCCAACAAGGCAUCUAUGGGACAGUACCAGUCGUGUAGCCACUGGUGUGCAACGCCACCCAAAACAUACCUUACUGAAAACCAAGAAAGUUCAUUCUGCUGAGUUCGGUUGCUGCUGUCAUUGUUCAUAAUUGUGUUUAUCUAUUUGAGCAAAGUAUAUACUUUAUUUUCUUGUUUAUUUUAGUAUGUUCAGUAAAGACUGAAUCUUCUUACAGUCUCAUAAAUAUUCUCUUUUUUGUUUCAAACAUUCAUUUAUUAUCCAAAAUGCAGUUUUUGAACCAGUGAAUGUAAUAAUUUUUUUUUAUUGUUUUGUCAAUGUUCCCCAAUAGUGCUAAUUGUCUCUCCAUUUACAUUUGUGUAUUCCAGAGUAGUGAUUCAUUCUUUUGAACCGAUUUUAUUUAACGGCUUGAAUGAACCAAUUCGCAAAGCGUUGGUUGAUCACCCAAUGCUGAGGAAAAUCUGUAAGAAGGGCACAAUAUUGUUAAUAAAAUGGGAAUAGUUAAUAUUAUUAGCCUAAUAGUUAAUGUUAUUAUUAAUUUUGGCAACUGUUCUUGUUGUUUACUGAUGUUCUUAAUAUUAUCAAUAAUGCUGGAACAAUAAACAUUUGACCAGUAUAUUUAGGCUGGCGUAGUGAAAAUAUUGAUAAACAGCAAAAUGAAAAGUAAAAUACUGACUUUGAACUUCUAAAAUUGAGUGACGACACGGUUAUGAGUCGUUUUUUGAAAUGGUUUCAUAAAACAAACCAUCCGUACAAACCCGAUUCCCUACAAUGUAUCGGACUUCCCAACAAUAGUGUCUUCAGCAUAUUUUAGAAAACAAUUAUGAAUCUUUCUAAACAUAAAUUGAAUCACAACAAGUGUUGGGCGUAAUGCAUUACUAAGUAAUUAAUUACUGUAAUUAAAUGACUUUUUCAUUGAAAAAAGUAAGGGAUUACUAUGAAUUUUUCAGUAAUUUAAUUACAGUUACUUAUGAUGUAAUUGUGUUAAAUACUUUAUAGACUAUAGAACAGUUCUAUAUAAAACCAUAGUGAAUUUAAAAUUGAAGUUUAAUGUCUAAUGUUAAAAUAUGUUUUCUAAUUUGCUGCCCCCUUAAAUUCUUUGGCCAGUUCAUAAUUUAUUUGAUUUUAUAUUAUUUAUUUGAAAGAAUUAAAAGAACAGUUUCAUGUCUAUCCUUGUAUUUUUCAUCUGAUCAAGGUUGAUAAGGGUUUUAGAAAGUAAUGCAAUUACUUUUCAGACAGAGUAAUUAGUACAGCAAUCUAAUUACACUGUAGAAUAUGUAAUUAGUAGUUAGUAGUAAAAAAAGGACAGGACAUCACACUGGUAAGGACCAGUUUUUAAUAUGUGUAUUCCCUAAAUUAACCCCCGCCCCAUCACCCAAAAUACUAAGUCUUGGGCAGAAAGAAAUCUGAGUGCCCAGGAUCUCACAGACAUAACUCUGAACCCUCGACCAAAACUCUUGAAUCUUAGUACAGUACCAAAAAACGUGGGCUAUGUCCCCAUCCUCUGACUGGCAUCACCAACAGGUGGGUGUAUCUUUAAGACCAAGCCUAUGCAAUCUAGAGGGAGUCCAAUAAAAAUGAUGCAGAAUCUUAAAUUGAAUGAGGCGCAUCCUUGCAUCCCUACACAUAGACUUGACAUUUUUUAAAUCCUACCCCAUUCUUCAUCCUCCAAUACUAAAUUCAAGUCUUUCUCCCAUAGAGAUGUCAAAACCCCAUCCCCUAGACUCUGAAUUAGCCAGGAAUAGUACGCUGAAGCCUAUUGACCCCUUCCAAAAGCCGCUAGUACCAUCUCAAGAGUGUCUGCAGCUUUAGGGGGCUGCGUACUACACCCAAAGAUGGUACAAAGUAGAUGGCACAGCUGUAAGUACCCGAAGAAUUGAGAUCUGGGAAUCCCAAACCGCUCUGUAAUAUUUUCAAAGGAUCUCAGUGCUCCAUUUUCAUACAGGUCACCCAGCGUAGCAACUCCUUUCUCAAUCCAUUCGGUCCAGCAAAAAGGGGACUUGUUAAUACACAAUUUAGGGUUUAACCAAAUACUUGCGGCAACAUUCAGGUGGGAAACUUUUGUCCACACUAACUGCAUGUGAGAGAUAACGGGAUGUGUCUUUACUUCUCCUGGCAGCUUGGUAGAAAGACAUUGCAAUGGCAAGAUAGGGGCAAGGACCUCCUGUUCAAUGAAGAGCCAGGGAGGAGCUCUUUCAGGUGCAAGUGACCAAUGCACCAAAUGUCUGAGACCAAAAGCAUAAUAGUAAAACAAUAUUUUGGGGAAACCUAACCCACCUUUGUCAAUUGGUCUGUGUUACUUGUUAGAAUGCAUUCGAGGGCACUUACUAUUCCAGAUAAAAGAUUUAGAAAUACUAUCAAAUUGUUUAAAAUAAAAGAGGGGAACUUCAAUGGCGAGAGACUGUAAUAGGUAGUUAAAUUUUGGAAUACAAUUAAUUUUUAUAACAUUAACCUUCCCAAUCAUAGACAAAUGUAAUGAAGCCCAUCUUUCCACAUCACUCGAAAACUUUUUUAUUAAAGGGUCAAAAUUAACCCUGACUAAAUCACAUAAAUUUGCUGGGAAUAAAAUAACCAAAUACUUAAUGCCCUGUUUGGGCCACUGAAAGGCGCCCGGCUGAAAAGCCGUUACCGGGCAGAACGCUGUCAGAGCCAGAGCUUCGGUUUUAGACCAAUUAACUCUGUAUCCUGAACAUUUAGAGAAGGAAUUGAUCAUUCUGUGGAGGCAAGGCAGAGAUCUAGUGGGGUCGGAGACAAAUAAUAAAAUAUAAUCUGUGUAAAGCAAAAGCUUAUGCGCCACACCUCCCGCCAUCACCCCUGGAAAAUCCUCCUCCUUUCUUAUCGCGGCUGCUAAUGGUUCUAGAGCAAGACAGAACAAUAAUGGGGAAAGAGGGCAACCCUGCUGGUUGAAAUUAAUAAUAUGAAAUUAAUCCAUUCGUUUGUACUGCUGCUACAGGGUGUCUAUAAAGUAACUUAAUCCAACCAAUAAAUGUACUCCCGAACCCAUACAUUUCCAAAAUCUUAAAAUAAUAAUCCCAUUCUACCAUAUCAAACGCCAUUUCAGCGUCAAGUGAGAUGGCAGCGACCAGAGUCUGAUCUAUCGCUACUGACCACAUGAUAUUGAUGAAACACCUAAUGUUGUCAGAAGAGCUACGGCUCAAAUAAACCCCACUUGAUCUAUAUGUAUAAGAGAUGUCAUAACUUAAUCGGUUAGCCAAAAUUUUUGACAACAUUUUUACAUCUAACAGGAUCAGGGAAAUUGGACGGUAACUCUUACUCUUGCUUGGAUCUUUGUCUUUUUUAAGAAUCAGACUGAUCCGGGCUUGUGUCAUGGUUGGUGGGAGUUUUCCAUUCUUUAAUGAUUCCGUAUAAACUUCUAGUAAAAGUGGAAGCCAGUUCUGUAACAUAAGAUCUACAAAAUUCAGCGGCAAAACCAUCUGGCCCUGGAGCCUUAAUUACCUCAUCAAGCUCCUCCAAGGUUGUCUCAGAAUCAAGAGAAUUUUUUUGCUCAGUCAUCAAUUUAGGGGUUCUAAUGGUUCCACAAAAUUUCUAAUAUCUUCAUAAGUAGACGAAGACGUGGAACUAUAGAGAUCAAGAUAGAACACUUUAAAAGCAUUAUUAAUAUCAAUGGCCGAGGUAAAAAUGUCACCACCAGCAGAUUUCACUGAGGGAAUGAUAGAAAAAGACUCUAUCUGCUUUAUAUAUAUAGCCAAAAGCUUCCCUGCUUUGUCACCCGACUCAAAGUAUGACUGUCUUGCCCUGAAUAACCAAAACUCCACCUUCCGCGAUAAAAUAAUAUUAUAUCUGUAUUUCAAACGAGUCAAUUCUCUGAGGCCAUCAGAUGACAUUCGGCGCUUCAGCUCUGCCUCAGCACUUUUAAUAUUCCUUUCCAACUCCACGAGUUCAUGUGCAUUGGAUUUUUUGGUGAAUGAGUCAUAUUGUAUGAUCCGACCCCUAAGAACUGGCUUAAGUGUCUCCCAAGCCAUGCCCACAGAGGAUACUGAGGACCAGUUGGUCUCCAUAUAAACAUUGAUUUCAGUCUUUAACAUUUGUUGGAAAUCAGGAUUUUGCAAAAGGGAUACAUUAUAGCACCAACUAUAUGAUUUCUUUUUCUCCAUAUGUGGCAACACCUCUAAACUCACCAGAGUGUGAUCUGAGACUAAGAUGUUUCCAAUUGAGGAAUCAACAACAGAUGAAAUGAGGGACUUAGAUAUAUAUAAAAAAAUGUAUUAUAGAAUAAAUCUUACGGACUGAUGAAAAAAAUGUAUAGUCUCUACCAGAUGGGUUCAAAAGUCUCCAAAUAUCUGCAAGACCAAGAUUUUUACACAUCCUGUGAAGCAUCAAUUUUGCUCUAGGGGGCUUACACAUUUUUGCUUCACUAUGAUCAAGGACUGAAAGAGUCCAUCAAAAGAUUAAAGUCUCCUCCCAAUAUUAUAUCAUGAGGAGUGCCAGUGGCUUGCAACAUCCCUUCAAGAUCUAUAAAAAAGCCCUGAUCAUCAUUGUUAGGUGCGUAAAUAUUAGCCAAAAUAAGACUUUGCCCCUGAAUUUCUGCUAAAACAAUAAUGACUCUUCCUAAUUUAUCUUUAAUCUGUUUGAGACAUUUGAAUUGUAGAUGUUUAUUUAUCAGUAUAAUGACUCCCCUACUCUUACAUGAGCCAGCACUAAAGAAAACAUGUCCAUCCCAUAUCGUCUUCCUGCUGGGAAAGAUGCGUUUCUUGAAGAAACACUAUAUCAUAUUUCUUAUGUUUAAGAAAAUAAAUAACUUUCCUUCUUUUUAUGGGGUGCCCCAACCCAUUCACAUUCCAUGUGGAGAGAGACAAUCCACUCAUAUUAACAUUUGACAUAUUGGUAUAAUAGAAAAAAUAAAUCGUGUGUCAAAAACAAGAUUAUACAGACCACAUUCCAACAUUAUUGCAACAAUCAAACCCCGAACUCCCCCCCGAACCAAACAAACAGAAAAAAAAACAAACAUGCGCAUUAACCCCACGCACUACAGCGCCAACCGGCGUCAAUCCCUCUAAACUCAAAAGGUCCAUGUACGCAUACGAGAGCCCCCGCGACAACUUUGCCAUCAGAUUGCUCAAGUCCGGUUCUUCUUCUCCUUUGUAAGGCAAAAUUACAUAACAGAAAAUACUUUGUAAAACAGACCAGAGCCAAUAGGCAGAAUAAACACAAAGAACAUAGAUUCAUUCACAGAACUGACUCGAAGGUGUGUUCCUCCACAAAACAAAUUCCAGCUGAUAUAAAGCCGUUCAGUUUCCUUGGACAGACAGACAAGUGUUCAGUGAGCCAGUUGUUAUGAGUUCGGCAGAUGACGUAAUCAUUCUAAUGUCAUUAAAAUAUUCCACAAAAAUACACUCCAACAACAGGAGGCAUAAGCACAAAGAACGAACAGAUUCAAACACAACUGUCCCGAAGGAGUGUUAUUCAACAAAACAAGCUCCAGCCGCUAAGCGGAACCAGCACAAAAAAACAAAAAAACAGAACAGGCGCCCCGGUUUCUCGAAUGGUCAAGCGUGUAUUGAGCGAGACAGAUUCACUCGGAAGCUGCAUAAAAAAAUACGCCAUGAAUUACUUAGUCUGUCAACUUUAUAAAAGACAUCCUUGUGUAGGCAUGAAGAUAUUUUGCAGUCGUUCUUAGUAUCCAUUCUCAAUCUGGCCGGGAACUUCAGUGUAAAGCCAUCUUCCGUCCAUGCAAAAGUUUCUUGAAGGAGUCAUUCCACAAAACAAACUCCAUCCGCUAGACAGAGCCAGCACAAAAAGAAACAAAAAAUGGUGCCCAGUUUCCUUAGACAGCCAGAGUAAGUACAGUGAGUUAAUCCACUCUGGAGCUACAUGAAAAACCCCAAAUGGCUUACUCACCCAUUGUUUCUAUAAAAGACAGUGCUUGCUUUGGACACAUAAAUACCCUGCGACCAUCCUUCAUUUCUGUUCUCAGUCUGGCCGGAAACAUCAGUGCAAAAGUGAUAUUCCGUUGUUGUAAGAAUUUCUUACAUUCCUUGAACCAGUCGUGUUUCUCUCUUGUCGAAUUCGCAAAGUCUGUGAACAAGAAAAUAUUGUGAUUCUUCCAAGAAAGCUUUCCUUUGCUCCUCGCCUCGCGUAACACAAGCUCUUUAUUGGAUGAUCUCAGAAAUUUGACCAGAAUUGAUCUGGGCCUGUCUCCCUCAGCAGAUCUGCGAGCCAGGUCUCUGUGAUCCCGUUCGAGUUCCAGUUUAUGGCCUGUUAGGUCGAGCAGACUCGGGAAAAGCUCGUCCAGGAAUUUCACAUAUCUCUGCCCUCUUCAUGCUCAGGAAUUCCAACAAUUCGUAUAUUGUUCCUUCGAUUCAUAUUUUCGAGAUCUUCCAAUUUUUCCAAAAUGGAUUCCAAAUCUGUUUUUGACGUGGGCGGAUUAGCGGAUAAUUCCCUUUCCGAUGAUUCCAGAUAAUCGAUCCGUCUCUCAGCUUCUGCCACUCCUGUGACCAACUCAGAGAAUUUUGUUUCCAUCGCCGUAAUCGAUCGACGUAUUACAGCGAGAUCCUCCAAGUCAGCAACAACCUUCGUCAGCAUCACCGAGAUGUUGGACAGUUGACGCUGAAUAUCUUCUCCCGACGUGCUAUACAAAUUGAGUCCCCGGUCCGCAGGCCCGCCAGAGGUUUCAGCAAGAGCACGUAAGUGUCUUUUAAUGUCUCCAGAGUCUGAGGAUUUUGACUUCUUUACCAUGUUUACCUCAAAGAGCAAAUAUGUAACUGGGUGUAUCAAAUCUCACUGAAUUAAACAUGAAAAUAAUAAAAAAACUAGCAAAGUGCGCAGAGCCAGUCGCUCACAUGUCUGCUUCUCGCAUGGCGUCACAUCUAUAUUGGUAAGGUUUCUUACAUUUUUUUUUAAAUUUCUUAAUGCCACAUCCACACUCAUCUGUUAAAGUUUGAAUCAUCCAUUUUCCAAAGUAUCCGGUAAUGGAGAGCGUUGUCAAAAUGCUUCGUUUUUGGUUGAGGAAAACGCUGUGUGGAUGAGAGGCAUAAACAUAGCAAAAUUAAUGCGUUUUCAAACUAAAGCGUAUUAAGUGUGUACAUGGCCUUACUCACAUUAACUGAAUUCUGAAGAAAUUCCCAGUUUUGGCUGAAGCACUAGCUUGAAGAAACUCAUCAUAUUCUUUGGUAUGUCAAGCUUUAGGGUGAGUAAUCAUAUUAGUUGUUUUAAAAGUUUUAACAGUAGUUCCACCAUGAGAAAUUCUAACAGUGCACAGCUUAAAAAUAGCAACUUUGCUGUCAUUGUCACCUAAUUCAGAGUAAUUCCAUACAAGGAGACAUUUUCUUUCACACAAAUCACGAGUUGUAAGUUAAUUAUCUGAGGCAUCUUUCCAGAAAAUCUCUCGUUAACUCCUAAAGAUAUUAACCUUUUCCUGAUAUGUGGGAACCCCCGUCAUUAAACACAGACACCAUCAUAGGAGUUGCAAGCUGCUUGUCAUUUGCAACUUUUAUUCUUAUUGUAACAAUUAGUAAGCCCUUCAUUGUAAAGGAAAUCUUAAGAUGCAAUUUAGGUAUAAAUCUUUUGAAUUACUUUGGGAAUGACCUGAUUGACUAAACAAUUUUGCCUCGACCUUAUGUGUCACUGGUUUCAGAUUUUUCCUCAGAACUGAGUUUCCUAGGCAUUUUUCCUAGGCAUUUAUACAGCAAGGAGGAAGAAAUUUUCACUGAAAUAGUCAGAAUGGAAUGCAAGUGGGGUUUUUUGUCACUCAGCAUGCACUAUUUGACGUUAUACACACGCAUCAAAGUGGGUAAAACUGGUUGCUGAGAAUGGCGUAAUUAGACACUGACAUGUCAGUUACUGUCAACAAACCUUCAACGAUUUACAUGCAACAAACACAGCUUUUCCGCUGCUUUCAUACCUCAUGUUCUACUGCAAUUCCUUGGUGCCGACAACACAAAAUGAAGCAGCACCUGCUUCAUCUAUACUAACCCCUUCAACUAUCUACUAAUUUGCACUGCAUGAGUUGUCAGCAUCUGUCUAUACUGCCUGUAUUAUUGUUCCAUUCUUCCAUCUUGCAGUUUACUGGCUACUUAUAGCUACUUGCAACAUACGGCAUAAGCAACCUAAACUUAUAUCAAGGAUUCUUUUGUCAAUUGAUGUAUAAUCUGUAUAUAGGCUAAUGUGCAGGUAUCAUUACAGAACUGCCCAUGUCUCCAUUCUGAUGUCCCUGUCUACUUAAAGACCAGUAGUAAUAGACAGUCAAUAGACAACUUAAUCCAUUUUGGAUUAUUGCAAAUAUUUUGGAAUUGGUUGUAGUUAUCUCCUCCUUUUGACUUAAGACUUUUAAAGACUAGUUUAAGGGGCUUUAAUUUAAUCUGAAUCACUGAUAAAAAUUGCAGUCUGUGUACAAAACCUAAGGGUCAGUUAACGGACUUAUGAAACUGGGUUCAUAAAGGCUUCUAAGACAUAAUAAUGUCACACCUAAUGAUCUAGAAGAAAUUCAAGUAAGCAAUUUCAACCAAACAAAUAUGCAAUGACUAAUUUUCAGUAGAAAAAAAAAGAAUAUAUAAAGUUAUUUAUGUAUUAAAAGAAUAGUUUAGCCAAAAAGGAAAAUUCUGGCAUUAUUUAACCUAAUAUUGCUCCAAACCUGUAUGACAUAUUUCUUCCAAAAGGUAAAUUCUUCACAGGGUUUAUUUGCCUUACUUUAAGUGAAUAGCUACUGUGGUCUGUCAAGCUCCAAAGGACAAACAUUUUCAAAUAAAAUCAUAUCAUUAAUAAAUCGCUUAAAUCAGGGGCCUGGGAAGCUCUGCGAGUAUUGACGCAGACUACCACCCCUGGAGUCGUGAGUUCGAAUCAAGGGUGUGCUGAGUGACUCCAGCCAGGUCUCUUAAGCAUCCAAAUUGGCCUGGUUGCUAGGGAGGGUAGAGUCACAUGGGGUAACCUCCUCAUGGUUGCGAUUAGUGGUUCUCGCUCUCAAUGGCGCGCGUGGUAAUUGUGCAUGGAUCACGGAGAUUAGCAUGAGCACAUGCGGAGUCUCUGCAGUGUCAUGCACAACGAGCCACGUGAUAAGAUGUGCGGAUUGACUGUCUCAGAAGCGGAGGCAAGUGAGACUUGUCCUCUGCCACCCAAAUUGAGGUGAGUAACCGCACCACCACGAGGACCUACUAAGUAGUGGGAAUUGGGCAUUCCAAAUUGAGGGACAACAUAGGGAAAGUUAGACAGCAGGUGUGUGAGCUGCAGAAACAGACCUCAGCACCUGAGGCACAACGCACAAUAAAACAAGUUGCUAAACCUAAAUGUGACAACAAAAUCAACAACAACGACAGUGUUAUAAGACAGGACAACAGUGAGAUCAUGCUACCUCAUUACUUAUUCAUGCACCGGUGCAUGCUGGGAACAUUAGCACAAAUCUUUGUAAAUAUAACAAAUAGGGAUGUGCGAGACUAGUCGACUAGUCGACUAAACGGUUCUGAUGCUGCUAGUCGACACUGGAAUUACUAGUCGGUUAAUAUUUCCCCAUUAAACUGAUAAUAACUUUUUACACAUUUACGUUUGGCUUUAUAUUUUUACAGAGACUGCACUUAAAUUACUGUCAUAUUAAUGUUACAUAUUUUAAAUAGAAUUAAUAAUACAAAUAUUAUUUAAAAAAGAGGAUAUCUGGAGCAGAUACAAAGUUUCAUUUCACCUCAGGUUGUGCCUGCUUCUUCCCUCUCUCACUCGCGGCGCACGCAGGAAAAUGUCCUCUUGCUACACAAGUAAACUCAGCAAUGUAGUUAGGAAAUCACUUCGGUGGUGCGGGAAUCGGCUUUCCAAAUGUCUGAAAGUCCCUAUGGAUGUUUUCACAUUUGAGUCUUCUUUACAUCUGUGCAUGCUUGGAUGUUAUUUUUACACUGCACAGGCUUUUUCAAGCGAAGGAUAGCCGCCUCAGGUGAGUCAAGUCAAGUCUUUCACCGGACCAUGUCGACGGGUUAAUUUUACUCAUCAAAAAAUGUAUGCUUUUGAGUAAGUAACCUAGAAAAUAACUGUUUUAGACUAGGUAUGCAGUUUUUUUAAUCUGCUGAUCAAGAAGGCUAUUUUCAACGAGGUGCCGACUGCUUAACGUGUUAAACUAUCUUUUAUUCUGUGUGCACAGCAUGUUUAGAAUACAUUAGGUUUAUUGUAGGCUACAUCACAGGCCUAUUUUUUCUAUCCUAUAGCUACUUUAUUUUUUUUUAUUUUAUUUUUUUUACAUCGCAACUGUUAUUGGUUAAUGUUCUUUACCGAACAGCUGUCAUAUUAGAUCAGUGGUUAAUGCACGACUGCACGUCGUGAAAUACGUGCAACUUUUCAGCGC